CUUCAUUUCAUGAAUGAUAAAGUGUCUUGUUUGAUAUCAAUUUCUAAUUUUCUGAUGGAUAUUUUAAUAGAUUUAGAAUAAAGCAAGUAAUGACAUGACAUUUAUUAAGCGGUAAUGUUUUGUAAAUAAAUAUUCUAGUCUGCGUGACACGACAACACUACCCAGGAGGACAGGAUAAUGGAUAAUUCCCACGUGUCUUCAUCAGCUGGUGAAAUAACGCCUAGUGAAACAGAUACAGCACCUUUGAUUAGUAAUGAAAUACCCAGCACAUCUAGUUAUACGCAGUUAAACAAAACAUCCAAUUAUUUUGAAGAUUCAAAUGAGGACAUAUUACAUGGGAGUCAUGGAGUUAGACGCAGACAAACAGUUGGAAAAAUUGAACCAGGAUCUAUGAAUGUUCUUUCAGCAAAAUAUGAAAGUUUAGACUAUGACACCUGUGAGAACCAUUUGCUUCUGGAUGAAGAGCGAAAGCGUGGAUUUCCAUACAUUGUAUGGAAAGAUAUGGCAAGAUGGUUCAUCAUACUAUUGAUUGGUAUGAUCACAGCUCUUAUUGCGUGUAUAAUUGAUAUUUGCAUAGAAGAGUUCUCAGAUAUUAAAUAUAAGGAGUUAAAGAAGUCUGUAGAUAAAUAUGUAGUAAUAGAUAGUCUGUACAUUCCAUAUCUAUUGUGGGUGUUAUCAAAUGUCUGCGUUGUGUUCUUUGGUUCCAUGCUGGUAGCAUUUGUCGAGCCUGUAGCAGCAGGAAGUGGCAUACCACAAGUGAAAUGCUAUUUAAACGGUGUCAAAGUUCCAAGGGUGGUUCGUUUCAAAACACUGCUAGUGAAAGCCGUGGGAGUUAUAACAGCAGUAGUUGGCGGACUGGCUGGAGGGAAGGAAGGCCCAAUGAUCCACAGCGGGGCUGUGGUGGCUGCGGGGAUAUCUCAAGGGAAAAGUACCACUUUCAACAAGGAUUUUAAGAUAUUCCAAUAUUUCCGCGAUGACCACGAGAAACGGGACUUCGUUUCGGCCGGCGCGGCUGCCGGUGUCUCGGCCGCCUUCGGAGCACCUAUUGGUGGAGUACUAUUCUCCCUGGAGGAAGGCGCGAGUUUCUGGAACCAGGCGCUGACAUGGCGAACCUUCUUCGGGACGGUAGUGUCUACCUUCACGCUGAACGUGGUGCUGUCUGCAUACCACGGCCACUUGGGAGACUUGAGCUAUCCUGGUCUCCUCCACCUGGGGAAAAUGGAACCGUUCCCGUUCGAAUUCUACGAGCUGCCCAUCUUUAUGUUGUUCGGCGCGAUCGGAGGAAUGCUCGGCGCGCUGUGGAACUACAUCAACUAUAGAUUAGCUGUGUUUAGAAUAAGAUACAUAUCUCUGCCGUGGCUGCGCGUGGUGGAGGCGUGUCUGGUGGCCGCGGCGAGUGCCACGUGCGGCUUCCUCAUGAUGUUCCUCAUCGAUGACUGCCGACCCCUAGGAGAGGACCCCACUAAAGUACCGCUGCAGCUGUUCUGCGCCGACGGCGAGUACUCCGGCAUGGCGGCGAUAUGGUUCCAAACGCCCGAAGCGUCCGUGCGAUCGUUUCUACACGACCCGAUCGGAUCCUACAAGCCGACUUCCAUCCUCACGUUCGUGGUCUGCUACUUCUUGCUGUCCACGUGGACCUUUGGUCUGGCGGUCUCCAGCGGAUUGUUCAUACCGAACCUGCUGACUGGCGCAGCCUGGGGAAGGUUGUUGGCGCUGAUGAUGCAAAUGAUGGUGCCUUCUAUGGAGGUGAAUCCAGCCAAGUACGCACUGAUAGGAGCCGCGGCACAGUUGGGCGGCGUCGUGCGAAUGACGAUAUCACUGACCGUCAUCAUCAUCGAGACCACCGGACAGAUCUCCAACGCGUUGCCAAUCAUCAUCACGCUGGUCGUGGCCAAGUGGGUUGGGGACUUCUUCAACGAGGGUAUAUACGACAUCCACAUCCAGCUAGCAGCAGUACCCCUCCUCCCGUGGGAGCCCCCACCACUAACCCACAACAUAUACGCAUCAGAAGUGAUGUCACAUCCAGUCUUCACUCUCAGGACGGUGGAAAACGUCGGCCAUAUUGUGGAGAUACUCAAACUGGUCUCUUACAACGGAUUCCCUGUCGUUGACCCGCCUUUAGUUGAUGAAACUGAAGUCCCAACAUACAAACGGCUUAGAGGCUUGAUUCUCCGCUCGCAACUCAUAGUGCUGAUACAACAUAAACUGUACAACGAGAACGCGAACACGACAUGGUCUAAUGUCGAUGUGGACAUGAACAUCUUUAGGAACGAAUACCCGCGCUUCCCUUCUAUAGGAGAGCUUGAAAUCUCGGACUGGGAGAAGACAUGCACGGUAGACUUGCGUCCGUAUAUGAACCCGUCUCCGUAUACUUUGCCGCACCGUGCGUCGCUGCCGCGGAUGUUCCGGCUGUGCCGAGCGCUAGGGCUCCGACACCUGCCUAUAGUCAACGACGUCAAUGAGGUGGUCGGUAUGGUGACACGCAAAGACAUCGCGAGGUACCGCGUGUGGAGACACCGCGGCCACAUGGGAAUGGAGGAACUGGUUUUAUCCAGUGAAAUCUAGUUUGAACCAAAACGUGAUAUUACUAUUAUUAAAAUUUUUAUAUGACGGCAAAAUAAUAUAAUACCUAAUAAUCGUGUCUUAUCUAUAUGUACUUAUAUUUUCUUAGUAGUACACACAACAGCAAGUGUGAAAAAUAUAUCAAUAUAAUAUUUACUGAUUAGUAUUGGUGGCAUUGUCCUGCAUUCAUAGAACUCUUAUCAUAUAAAUUAAUUCAUAAAACAUUUAAAUUCAUUCAUAGACCUUUUAUCAUAUAAAAAAUGAGGGUCACAUGGUUAGUUUUUUUAUGCCUACAUAAUCUCGAAGAUAAGCAAAUUAAGCUAUUCUCAGCUUAUUUAAUAAUUUUUAAUUAAUAUAAUAAAUUAAUUUAAAAUUUUGAGCUUUUAUAAUGUACAGAUGAAAUGUGAAAUCAAUUAUGCUUAUAACUGGGCCAAAAGUUCUGAAUCAAUAUUGCUAUUGUAAUAAUCAACUAGUAAAUGCCUGCAUACUUCAUUUAAUAUGUAUGAAUAAAACCAGAACAAUAUUUAAACUCACUUUCUUCCUCACUGUGCUCCACCAAAGAUUAUGGUUCCACUGUCUAAAUAAAAAUUCCACCAAACAGAGUCUAUGAAUUUAUAUUCUGCUUGG